UUGCCUCAGUCCAAAUCCUCCAAGCUCUCUCAGCGCCUCUCUUUCUCUCUCGCUCCCUCUGUAAUCCGGUUCAAUGGCACCGAAGAAGGAGAAGGCGCCGCCGCCGUCGUCGAAGCCGGCCAAGUCCGGCGGAGGAAAGCAGAAGAAGAAGAAGUGGAGCAAAGGCAAGCAGAAGGAGAAGGUCAACAACAUGGUGCUUUUCGACCAGGCUACUUAUGACAAGCUGCUCUCUGAGGCUCCCAAGUUCAAGCUCAUCACGCCGUCUAUUCUCUCCGAUCGGCUCAGGAUCAACGGCUCUCUGGCCAGGAGGGCAAUCAGGGACUUGAUGGCCAGGGGAUCCAUCAGGAUGGUCUCGGCUCACGCCAGCCAGCAGAUUUACACCAGGGCCACCAACACCUAGGUCGAAAUCUGUUUUUUUUGUCGCUUUCGUUUUGAGUCGGUUAUGAUCUGUUUUUAACAGUAUGGAGGAUUUUGUUUUAGUGUUUUGAGACUAUUUAGAGUUUGUUUUUUCGAUUUACUUUCGGUACUGUGGAGAAUUUCAUUUGAAGUUAUCUGAUGAAGUUAUUUUCUAUGGGAAUUGGUUUAUUUUUGCGA